GUGAUUCUCAAUGGAGAGUGAAAGCACAGAUUCAUAAUGAAAACCAGCCCCCGUCGGCCACUGAUUCUCAAAAGACGGAGGCUUCCCCUUCCUGUUCAAAAUGCCCCAGGUAAAACAUCAGAGGAGGAACCUAAAAGGCCCCCUGCCCAACAGGAGCCUGAUCAAGCACAGGCCUCCAAGGAGGUGGCAGAAUCCAACUCUUGCAAGUUUCCAGCGGGGAUCAAGAUUAUUAACCAUCCCACUAUGCCCAACACCCAAGUGGUGGCCGUCCCCAACAAUGCCAACAUCCAGAGCAUCAUCACAGCACUAACUGCCAAAGGAAAAGAGAGUGGCAGCAGCGGGCCCAACAAGUUCAUCCUCAUCAGCUGUGGAGGUCCUCCCACACACCCGCCUGGGUCCCAGCCUCCAGCCCAAACCAGCAACAAUGCCAAGAAGGCAGAAGUGAUAACUGAGACCCUGGGACCAAAGCCUGCAGCAAGGGACACGAAUCUUCCUAGACCGUCGGCAGCCCUUCCCGGGCAAAGACGGGAGAGCUAUGCUGCCGGUGAGGCCCUCGGCUGCCCUCUCGACAACAGCUUGACCAAUAUCCAGUGGCUUGGAAAGAUGAGUUCGGAUGGACUGGGCUCCUGCAGCAUCAAACAAGAAAUGGAGGAAAAGGAGAAUCGGCCACUGGAGCAGACUCAGGUUAAGGUUGAAGAGCCCCCAGGAGCACCAGCAUCUUGGCAGGAUUCUGCGUCUGAGCGGCCACCCUACUCUUACAUGGCCAUGAUACAGUUUGCCAUUAAUAGCACGGAGAGGAAGCGCAUGACCUUGAAAGACAUCUAUACUUGGAUCGAGGACCACUUUCCCUAUUUUAAGCACGUUGCCAAGCCAGGCUGGAAGAAUUCCAUUCGCCACAACCUUUCUCUCCAUGACAUGUUUGUUCGGGAGACGUCUGCCAAUGGCAAGGUCUCCUUUUGGACCAUUCAUCCCAGUGCCAAUCGCUACUUGACGUUGGACCAGGUGUUUAAGCCCCUGGACCCAGGUUCUCCACAAUCGCCUGAGCACUUGGAAUCACAGCAGAAACGACCCACUCCUGAGCUCCGCCGGAACGUGACCAUCAAAACUGAACUCCCACUGGGCGCACGCCGGAAGAUGAAGCCACUGCUACCACGGGUCAGCUCAUACCUGGUGCCCAUCCAGUUCCCGGUGAACCAGUCACUGGUGCUGCAGCCCUCGGUGAAGGUGCCAUUACCCCUGGCGGCUUCACUCAUGAGCUCAGAGCUUGCCCGCCAUAGCAAGCGAGUCCGCAUUGCCCCCAAGGUGCUGUUAGCCGAGGAGGGGAUAGCCCCUCUUCCCACUGCAGGGCCAGUGAAAGAGGAGAAGACCCUGCUCCAAAAAGGGCUAACUCCUUUGCUUCCGGUCCAGUCCAUCAAGGAGGAGGAGAUUCAGCCUGGGGAGGAGCCGCCACCCUUGGCGCGACCCAUCAAAGUGGAGAGCCCACCCUUGGAAGAGUGGCCCUCCCCGUCCCCAUCUGUCAAAGACGAGUCAUCUCACUCCUGGGAGGAUUCGUCCCACUCGCCCACUCCAAAGCCCAAGAAGUCCUACAGCAGACUCAAGUCCCCAACGCGGUGUGUCUCUGAAAUGCUCGUGAUUCAACGAAGGGAGAGGAGGGAGAUGAGCCGGUCCCGGAGGAAACAGCAUCUGCAGACUCCCUGUCUGGAUGAGCCUGAGCUGCUCUACUCAGAGGGUCCCAGCACUUCCCGGCGAGCCACGGAGCUCCCUUUCCUGGCAGAUUCCUCCGAGCCUGCCUGCCAGCUUGGCUACUCCCAGGAGGAAGGAGGACCUUUUAAGACCCCUAUCAAGGAGACACUGCCCAUCUCCUCCACCCCGAGCAAAUCCGUCCUCCCCAUAACCCCUGAACCCUGGAGGCUCACACCUCCAACCAAAGUGGGGAGCCUAGAUUUCAGCCCAGUACGAACCCCGCAGGGGGCCUUUGGCCCCCUGCCUGACUCCCUAGGGCUGAUGGAGCUCAGCACUACCCCUCUGAAAAGUAUACCUCUCUUUGACUCACCCCGAGAGUUCCUCAAUUCAGAGCCCUUUGACCUCACCUCUGACCCCUUCAGCAGCUGCCCCCCCUCAGAUAUGGAAGUCCCCAAGUCAGGCUCCCCCGAGCCACAGGCCCCUGGCCCUUCAGCCAAUCGCUCUCUGACAGAAGGCCUGGUUCUGGACACAAUGAAUGAUAGCCUCAGCAAGAUCUUGCUGGACAUCAGCUUCCCCGGCCUAGAGGAAGACCCAUUGGGCCCUGAUAGCAUCAACUGGUCCCAGUUCAUUCCUGAGCUACGGUAGUAAGCUGGCCUCGCCCUCGCCGCUCAAGCUGUCCACUAUUCUGCUCACUUGUGUGCUGGGCAGGCCAAGGCCCGUGGACCCCAAGCCCUCUGUGAGAACAGCUCUUCUGAGUGCGUCCUCUCCCAGUUAUGCCAAGGCAGCAGUCACAGCUUAGCUUCCACUGGCACCUCUGCAUGCAGCAAGGUCCUGGUAACUGGUCUCUGUGCCACCUUAGGCUCCCCAAGAGAAUCUGUUUCCUCUACUCUCCCUACCAGGAGAAGAAGGGUGGGAACAGCAAAAACAAGGAUGAAAGGAGAUUAAGAACUCCCCAAACUAUUUCCAUUCUGUGCCCAGGCAUCUCUCACCUUCCCUGCUCCUUGCAGGGUGGCCCUUGUAAAUAGUGUAUAUUCUCAAAAUUGUCCCCUAAUUAUAAAUGUAAACUUAUUUCUUUAGAUCAUUAUCUAGGGACUGCCAGAAGGUGGGUAGGGUGGCAAGGAGUUUCUGUUUGCAUUUGUCCUUGCUUCUAGUUCCUAAAGAAGGGAAGGACCUGCAGUGCACGGUUUCUUCCAGGCCCCAGGUAUUUAGCUCAAGAGUCUUCACUGUAGGCAACUAGACAAGGAGAUCUGCUUGCCAGUAUGCCUCUUAUUGUCCCUCCCUCCCACCUCCCCAUGUCUCCAAGUCAUCUUUCCUGCAGGAAGAAAUCCUGGUAAAGGGUCUCUUUUGUACUGGGUCAAGAGUUGACUUUGGGGUGGGGGGAUAGAUACAUCUGAAGCAAAGAAUGAGGGGUGCCCAGAUGUGCCCCCAUUUGAUGUGACUCUGACAGUGUCCCUAAUCAUGCCAGGGAGAUGAGCACUAAUGAGAACUCGGCCAGAGGCCUGAGAGGGCUGACAGGGCCCCUGACCUGCCUGGCUUCCUUAGCGUGCACCUCAGCUUUGCAAAGAGCCACCCUCAGCCCCAGCUGAUCACAUGCAUGUGAGCCAGCUCGAGAACACUACUGUAACCCACUAAAUAAAACCAGGGUGAA